AUGGAACUGAGGCGAAUAGCGUAUUUCUUAUCCAUUGUAUUGGGAGCUCUAGCCUUGGAUACGGAAUGGUGGAAACACGCGACUAUAUAUCAAAUACUCCUGAGAUCAUUUCAAGAUAGCGAUGGCGAUGGAAUCGGAGACAUCAAAGGAUUAAUUUCCAGGCUGGAUUAUUUGGUCGAGAUAGGAAUAGAUACCGUUUACAUAAUGCCAUUUCAUCCUGCUUCGGGGGUAGAUACCAGUUACGAUAUUACCAAUUACAGACAAGUAGAUCCUGACUACGGAUCGAUGGGAGAUUUCAAAGAGUUGAUGAGGGAAAUGAAGUCUAGAGGUUUACGUUGUGUGAUAGAUUUGGUGAUAAAUCAUACCAGCGAAGACCACGAGUGGUUCCGAAAGUCGAUCAAAGAAAUUGCUCCAUUUAAAGAUUACUAUGUUUGGGCUGGUGCGAUGAGAUUAGAUGAUAAUUUAAAUCUUAUUCCACCGAGUAAUUGGUUCAGUAUAUUUUCUUGGAGAGAAGAGGGUACCGCUUGGACAUGGAACAUCCUAAGAAGGCAAUUCUAUCUGCAUCAAGCGAACGUAAAACAGCCAGAUUUAAAUUUAAGAAAUAAAGAUGUUCAAGCUGAAAUAAACUUCAUAAUGAAGUUCUGGUUAGACAAAGGAGUCUCUGGAUUUCGAGUCGACGCACCGAUGAUGUUAAUGGAAGAUGAACGACUUCGAAAUAAUCUGCCAUUGAGUCCUGAAGCGACAUUUUUUACAAUGUUUUCAGAAUGCGAACAAACUUUCAAUCAUCCGGAUACCUUCAAAUACUUACACGAAUUGAACGAGUUUUUGGGGAAAUACGAUCUGGAGAAUGCAAAACCAAUUCAAACGAUUCUACUCGGAGAAACAUACGGACCAAUCCAAAACGUCGUCAAGUAUUACGGAACAAAGGAAUCGCCAGCUAUCCAUUUGCCACUAAAUUUCCUUCUUACAGGUUUAGAUAAAUUCCACGAUGCUCGAGGAUUCAAUGAUUUGCUUCACACUUGGCUCGAUGCUGUACCUGAAGGCAUGCCAUCGAACUGGGCUUUGGGCUAUCAUGAUCAAGGCAGUGUUGCAAAUCAAGUAGGUGUAGAAUACAGCGCUAUUUUGCUAGCUUUGUGCACCCUGCUGCCAGGCACAUGUUCAUUGCACUAUGGAGAAGAGCUCGGCAUGGGACAGAACAGUUUGGUUAAAAAAGAGGAUAAAUACAAUAGGCUUUUUCAUCGCACACCCAUGCACUGGGAUGAUACUGAAAAUGCUGGUUUCACCUCUGCCGCUAAGCCUUGGCUACCGGUGCAUCCGGGUUACUGGAAUACCAAUGUGAAAAGCCAAAAAAACACACCGAACAGCCGGUUGAAUUAUUUCAAACAUCUGAUGGGUCUUCGAAAAACUGAUACAAUAAAGCAUGGUGAUUUGAAAUUCCACAUUGUAUCAGAAUGGGUAUUAGCAUUUUCCAGAACUUACAAGGAAAAUAUUUACAUCGCAAUGAUGAAUUUGGGAAUGGAAUUGGAACCGAUUAAAUGGACUGGGAUAAAGGAUCUUCCAGAAACGCUGACUUUAGCAGCUUUCAGUCCUAAUUCUCUGUAUAAAAAAGGUUUCAACAUGGAAACGAAAUCGGCAGAUUAUUUUCUGAGACCUCAUUCUGUUCUUGUACUGACAUCAUCGGGCUCUGUAAUAUCUGCCAAACCUGAUAGUGGAAACGGUUGGUCUCUACCCUAUAUGAUGCAACGUGCUGGGUUGUGCCGUAGAAUACACCAUGUAGAAUACAUGGACAUUCUACGCGUAGAAUAG